AAGAGGACAUUACAUAAUGUUUUGGAACGUAGGCGGAGAAACGAUUUGAAAGACAGUUUUUAUGUGUUACGUGAUCAUGUUCCAGAAUUAGACAGUAAGGAGAAAGCUCCUAAAGUGUUAAUAUUACGAAAAGCUUCAGAAUACAUUCAUUCUUUAAGACGGACAGAUAACAAAAACACACGUGAAAUCAGUGCUUUAAGACAGAAAAAUGAAGCUUUAAGAAAGAAAUUAGCAAUGUUACAAGAA